GGCGCCCUGCUCCUCCGAGGCUUCCCAAUCAAAACCCCGCAAGACUUUGCCAACCUCACCGAGGCGCUCGGGUGGCCGAACUUUGGCUACGAGGCGUCGGGCGGCAACGCCGUGCGCAGGAACGUCGUCGGCGACCGCGUGUUCACCGCGAACGAGUCCCCGCCGGAUAAGGUGAUACCCUUCCACCACGAGCUGGCGCAGACGACGAGGUACCCGCAUCGGGUGGCGUUUUUUUGCGAGAAUCCCGCCAUGCGGGGCGGAGCCACGCCCCUCCUCGACUCCGGCAACGCGUACGCCCGUCUGCGCAGCGAGUUCCCCGAGGGGCUCGCCGAGCUCCAGAAGAAAGGCGUGCGUUACACGCGCGUGAUGACCGUGGACGACAGGCCGCACUCUGCCAUCGGCCGCGGAUGGUCCGACACCUUCGGCGUCUCCACCCCGCAGGAGCUCGAGGCGAAGCUCGCGUCGAGCGGGGAUAAGCUCGAGUGGCUCGGGGUGUCCCUGUCGCACCUCGGCGUCGACGGCGACAGGUACCCCGUCCGCCACUACACUGACGUACGUCCCGCCGUGCUCGUCGACCCGAGCGACCCGGAGCGAAGACCACGGUUUUUUAACCAAAUUCUCGCCGCGCACGCGGGAUGGAGAGACGAGCUCAACGCGCCGGGCGCGUCCGUCGUCCUCGGCGACGGCACCCCGAUGCGUCAGGACAUGCUGGACGCCAUGGAACGCAUCUUCCGCGAGGAGAGCGUGGCGGUGCAGUGGAGAGCGGGCGACGUCAUGCUCAUCAACAACCUGCAGGUGAUGCACGCGAGGGAGACGUUCGUGGACGGGGAGGCGCCGCGGCGGGUGCUCGCGUCGCUG